ACGUAUUUCGCAUACCAAGGACGCUUCACAUGAAUUUUCGUGUUUGCUCUUGUGUUUUUCUGAAGAUAUCUGAUUUACUUAUCGGUAAGAAAAGUAUUUUUGUUAUAAUGCAAUGGCCAGCUACGCUACUCUUCGCGUCACUGGGAACUAACUACAAAGACCAACAUGGCCGAUAGUGAAAGCGUGAUGCAACAGGCCCAGCAGGUGUGGUCCAUGCUGGAUGACAUGGCCGAUAAUGACCCCAGGGCUUACAAAAAAUUUAUUGACAAGCAGAUGGCUGAACGGAAGGAAUUUCUGAGCCCAGCUGAGCCGCACAUGUGUGUGAAGACAUGGAUGGUGAAGCCUCAGAAGACUACAUUUUACAUCAAUUUCUGCACAUGGAAACGAAUACCUGAGCAAGCCAGUCCAGAGGAGGCAGUCAAAGUAGCUGGAAGUGCAAUUGGGCAAAUAAAUGAAGACAAAGGAAAAGCAGCAGUAACUGCGGUAGCAUUCAAUGAAAAGGUGCUUGCAGAGUAUGGAAGGGACGCUACUAACAAAUCAGACCAAGACACUCUGAUACAGAUUGCCAUGGACUUCAUAGAGCGACAACACUCCCACAUCAAGAUUAACCGAGAGUACAAGAUACUGGACAGAACGCACAAAGGCAGCAUGAAAAUGAUACAAGAAAGUUUGUUGCAGGCAUUUAGGUCCAAAGACAAAGACUAUGAGGAAAAUAUAGCCAACAUGGUUAAGAACUUUGCUCCUCUGGCAACUGAGAGUCCAGAAACGUUACUAGGACAUCUGCACACAGAUGAUGAGGUAACUUCAAUGUAUGCUAAGAAUGGGACUCUAGUGGAUGAUAUUAAAGGAAUAAAACUGGACACUAAGCCUGUAAGGAAAGGAUUGAUCGAGGAAGUUUCUAGCACAAAUAUCAUGCCAUCAUUACCUAAACCAGCGUAUGACUUGACUCAUCAGAUAAUAGACGGUAAUGAAUGUCUUGUGUUGAAGAUACAACUGCCUGGGGUUCCAUCUGUGAAUGAAUGUGAAUUGGAUAUCUCUAAGGAUGAUGUCUCGCUCUUGGUCGAGGGCAGGUACGAGUUGAAACUGUUGUUACCAUCCACUAUUGAUGAUGAGGAUUCAACAGCCAAAUUCAUCAAGAAGUCCUCAACCUUGACUUUACAUAUGCCUGUGAAACAGUCCUGAGGAGAUAUUGAUGGCAUUUUAUGAAUGAAAAAAUAAAUAAAAUGAAUGUAUAAAAUAUUCUGUAAACUUACACUUACACAGUAACUCCAUAAGUCUUGAUGGCUUGUUAUGCUGGUACAAAAUUAAGUGCAACAUGUAAUAAGUUGCUACACAUGUAUAUAUCUGAAUCUCUUGCAAUCCAUUACUUUGAGUUGACGAGCAAGUUCAAUGUCAUUUAACUGGGGUAAAAUCGAUUACCCAAAGCUGUCAAUCAGCAUCCUUGGUGAAAUGAACAAGAGCUAUGAGUUUCUGGCGUUUUAUAUCUAAAUCGAAUGGUUUGUAGAGUAGAAGUGUAGUUAAGUAAGUUAUUGUUGCAAAGUAGCUAUGUGCAUUUCUCAUUUGAAAUAUUUCACUGCAGACACAUUAACUUCGAUUUUGAAAACAUUUUUGAACAUUAAAUACCUGUGACAUUUAGUAUAGACCUUGACACAGUCUGCCUUACAUGCAUUCAGAUCUGAACUUUUGAUGGAAUGAGACUGCUUGUAGUUUCAUCAUAAUAAAUUUGUUCUCGAGA